AUGCGCCUCUUUCGCUCCCAUCUCCCCUCUUCAUUGCGUCCUCGUAUUUCACUUCGGAUCAAACCUUCCAAUCGUGGUUUCCAUGAAUCGUUGGGCUACUCACAACCUCCUGAGAUUUUCACCAACAGCCUCCAGAAGACUCUCGAGGCUCACCGAACCUCAAACAGAGCCAAUUUGGUACGCAAAGUUAUCAAUACCUCCGAGCCCAAGGGGAUAUUUCGUCCUGUCAUCCCACCGGAAAAUUUGGCUGGCUAUGAGCCGUCUAAAGAGACACCAUCAGAAUUCGUGUCUCCGCCGUCUGGCUCAGUAAGCCCACCGAAGAGAACUCGUCAUUCCGCAGAAAAAAGCCCGUCCGAGGAAACUGCCAGUGUCGCUUUCGACAAUCAGAUACAAUGGAAUGUUGAUUCAAGGGAAGAUAGACUGGAGCAGCGCCCAUGGUUAUACCACCUGGGUUCCGAAAACCUCGGACUGUCUGAUGGCCCCUCGCGUCUUGAUGCCGAAAUUCAAGCUCUUGGAACAUAUCUCACACCGACCACACGCGAAAAAGCCACUGUCACGCAGCUGAUUACCAGCAUCCAAAAUCUCUUGGGUAGUGUGAUAACUCAUCCACCCCAGGUCAUCGGGUCAUGGCGAACAGGGUUCGCAUCCAGCCAUUCAGGUGUCGACUUUAUCCUGCUCGUGGAGGACUUUGGGAGGUCUGUCGAUAGCAUCCGGAAACCGAGUGCCACCCGGCCCAAGGCCCUUGCUACUUAUCAUAAUCGACUGCGUGAGGUUGAGCGUGCUCUCAAGCAAAGUCCCCAGUUCGAUGGUCAAGUUCAUUUUUCGGGCAAACGAAACCCGGUAGUCACGGCUCUUCACUGUUCAACCGGCCUAAAGCUGCAGUUCUACUGCGGCCAGGGACUUCCCGCUUCUAUUGAAUACCUCAAAGACUAUCAAGCCGAGUACCCAGCUAUUCGACCACUGUACAUGGUUACCCGCCUACUUCUCGAAACUCGCGGUUUAUUCGGUGCUCAUACGCCGGGCAUCCGCCCCGAUGCCCUCCUCAUGCUCCUUGCGGCAUUUUGCAAAAUGAACCAUGGCCGGUUCCAGCGGUCGGAUAGUCUAGGCGACCAGCUUCUAGCUUUUCUGCGCACAUAUGGGACUGCUGUGGAUCUCCGGACAACGGGCGUCGCUAUCGACCCUCCGGGCUUCUUCAAUGCAGAGACUAUUCGGGAGGAGAUUCGUAUGUUCGAUUCUCACGAUAGUCUGCCCGCUCACCUCCGCGGCCAACGCUCCCUUGUCAGCCUCAAACGAACGGCGGCCGCGAAACGCAAUUUCCCCGCGGCGGGUCAGUUAUGUAUCCAGGAUCCAGCUAACUACAUGAAUGAUCUCGGUCGAGCCUGCUUUCAGACUAUGGAGCUCCAGAGUGUCUUUGCAGAUGCACAUGAACGCCUGAGGGCUUCGCUGCAUGCCUGGGAGGAAUCCAGUGGUCAUGGUUCCCGGGAUAGCAUACUCUCCCAUAUUCUCCAGGUCAAUUUUGAUGAUUUUGAGAAGAUGCGCACUCGAAUUGCCUGUCUGGAUAAAUAG